CAGCCCAGCGGGCUCCACUGACUUGGUGGAGGCGGCCGCGGCGGCUGCGAGGAAGCCCGCCGGGGUGGGGAGGGCAGGUGUCUGCAGCCCAGAGAAGGAGAAGGCCCCGGUGGGCCCCAGCCCCUGGCCCCGUCGCAGGGGAGGUCUCGAGCCACCGCAGAUCGCAUCAUGGGGGCCCUGGGGUGCUGCCGGCUCUGGUCCCCCUGGGCGCAGGCGGCACUUCUCCUGCUGCUGCUCGGGGCGCCCCCAAGGGGCCUGGCACUGCCGCCUAUCCGCUAUUCCCAUGCGGGCAUCUGCCCCAACGACAUGAACCCCAACCUCUGGGUGGAUGCCCAGAGCACCUGCAAGCGGGAGUGUGAGACGGACCAGGAGUGCGAGACCUAUGAGAAGUGUUGCCCAAACGUGUGCGGGACCAAGAGCUGUGUGGCCGCCCGGUACAUGGACGUGAAAGGGAAGAAGGGCCCGGUGGGCAUGCCCAAGGAGGCCACCUGCGAUCACUUCAUGUGUCUGCAGCAGGGCUCCGAGUGUGACAUCUGGGACGGCCAGCCCGUGUGUAAGUGCAAAGAUCGCUGUGAGAAGGAGCCCAGCUUCACGUGCGCCUCCGACGGCCUCACCUAUUAUAACCGCUGCUACAUGGACGCCGAGGCCUGCUCGAAGGGCAUCACGCUGGCCGUCGUCACUUGCCGCUACCACUUCACGUGGCCCAACACCAGUCCCUCGCCGCCCGAGACCACCGUGCACCCCACCACGGCCUCCCCUGAGACGCCGGGGCUGGAUAUGGCGGCCCCGGCUCUGCUCCACCACCCUGUGCACCAGUCGGUCACCGUGGGUGAGACGGUGAGCUUCCUGUGUGAUGUGGUGGGCCGGCCCCGGCCCGAGAUCACCUGGGAGAAGCAGCUGGAAGAUCGCGAGAACGUGGUCAUGCGGCCCAACCACGUGCGCGGCAACGUGGUGGUCACCAACAUCGCCCAGCUGGUCAUCUACAACGCGCAGCCCCAGGACGCUGGCAUCUACACCUGCACGGCCCGGAAUGCCGCCGGGGUCCUGCGCGCCGACUUCCCGCUGUCCGUGGUCAGGGGGGGUCAGGCGGUGGCCACCUUGGAGAGCACCCCCAAUGGCACGGCCUUCCCCGCGGCCGAGUGCCUGAAGCCCCCCGACAGUGAGGACUGCGGCGAGGAGCAGACCCGUUGGCACUUCGACGCGCAGGCCAACAACUGCCUCACCUUCCCCUUUGGCCACUGCCACCGCAACCGGAACCACUUCGAGACCUACGAGGCCUGCAUGCUGGCCUGCAUGAGCGGGCCACUGGCCGUGUGCAGCCUGCCCGCCCUGCAGGGGCCCUGCAAAGCCUACGCGCCCCGCUGGGCCUACAACAGCCAGGCCGGCCAGUGCCAGUCCUUCAUCUACGGCGGAUGCGACGGCAACGGCAACAACUUCGAGAGCCGCGAGGCCUGCGAGGAGUCCUGCCCCUUCCCUCGGGGGACCCAGCGCUGCCGGGCCUGCAAACCGCGGCAGAAGCUCGUCACCAGCUUCUGUCGGAGCGACUUCGUCAUCCUGGGCCGCGUGUCCGAGCUGACCGAGGAGCCCGACGCAGGGCGGGCCCUGGUGACCGUGGACGAGGUCCUCAAGGAUGAGAAGAUGGGCCUCAAGUUCCUGGGCCAGGAGCCGCUGGAGGUCACCCUGCUCCACGUGGACUGGAGCUGCCCCUGCCCCAACGUGACGGCGGGCGAGACGCCACUCAUCAUCAUGGGCGAGGUGGACGGCGGCAUGGCCGUGCUGCGGCCGGAUAGCUUCGUGGGAGCGUCCAGCAGCCGGCGGGUCAGGAAGCUGCGUGAGGUCCUGCACAAGAAGACCUGCGACGUCCUCAAGGAGUUUCUGGGCUUGCGCUGA